CUUUAAGUGUUUGUGUUGAGAAUGUUCCAAGCAUCCUUUGACCAUUACAAGGUUACCAUGUCCUAAGGACACGUUUGUCUCCUUAAACGACCUCGUUUUCUUCUUCACCUCCUUUCCUCCUCCUCCUCCACACCCUGCCGCAGCUCAGAGAAGCCAAUGAUGAAAUCCAUUUCCAUGGCCAAAUCCUCCCCAUGUUGUCGCCUUCAAUCUAAAGGACUAGGAGAUAGGUAGACAAAGAAAUCUUCGGUUAGCUAUGGAUCAUAUACAGUCAAGGGAAAGUGAUUUAGAGAUAGAUCUAGAGAGUGGGGGAACAACUAGUGAGGAAGAGGGCAGUAAUAACCGUUAUCUGACUGAGGAAGCUUCUAAUAAAGAGUUGUAUAAAGCGGGGAGUGGGUUUCGUGGAGUUCAACCGUCACAUGGAUUUGCAAGGAAGCAAGAUGGUUCAAAUUCUUAUAAGAAGGUGUUAAGUGCUGAUGAGCUUUCCGUUAGGUGUACAGAAAUUUGGUCGAACAAAGUCAGAGAGGAGAUGGAAAAUUCGAGGGAUGAUAAAAUGGAUAUUGAGAGGACAAGGAAGCCAAAGCCUCCUAAACCACCUAGACCCCCAAAGGGUCCAUCACUAGAUGCUGCUGACAUUAAGUUCGUCAAGGAAAUAUCUGAGAUUGCUAUAUGGAAGCGUAGAAGGACUGAAAGAAUUAAGGCAUUGAAGAAAAUUAAAAAGGAGAGUGCAUCACCUUCGAAGAUGAAUAUAUUAGCAACUGUGAUCACGGUUCUGUUCUUCUUGAUUAUUAUAUUUCAAGGUACUCUCGUAUCCUGGGGCAUGCGAAAUUUUGAUGCAUCGGCAUUAUUGAGAGUGUUCUGGGCUCUCGUGUGUGACAGCAGUUAGUAUGCCGCCUUUCAAGUUCAGAGUGAUCAGGGGUUGUGGAUGUGGAAUCGCUUGCCUCAAACAAUCAAAAUUAUUUCGAAAUGGGUAAAUUGCGGCUGCUCUUGUAUAGAAAUGUAACAACGAUUUUGGAUUUUGGUAAAGAGCUCCUGAUAUUUGUAGGUGUGCCAGAAAAAGGGAUUUCAACUCUUGAUCCAGGCAUGAAUUUGAUGUUGUACAUUUGUACUAAAUGGGGCCAUUGCAGAGCUUGACUUGCGGAAUAGAAUUACUAAUCUUGACUUCAGGCAUGAAUAUUUUGGUUAUAAUGACUCUUGAGGGAAGUAUUACUCCUUUUGCCUAUGA